AUGGCUCCGUAUAAGGCAAGUGUCUUGGAUCCUGAUGUAAUAGCAGAGACUACUGAGAACAUUAAGAAGAUUCGUGCAAGGAUUCUAACUGCUCAGAGUCCACAGAAGAGUUAUGCGGAUCAGAGAAGGAAACCAUUGGAUGUUGAGAUAGGAGAACAUGUACUUCUAAGGGUUACACCGACAACUGGGAUUGGAAGAGCAAUCAUGACCAACAAGUGGAAUCCGACAUUCAUAGGACAGUUCGACAUCCUGAGGCGGUUCAAGCCGGUGGCGUACCAAGUAACUUUGCCACCUUACCUAUCUACCUUACAUGUCGUAUUCCACGUGUCACAACUCUGUAAGUACACAUCGGAUGCGACUCAUGUGUUAGAGCCUGAGUCGGUUGAGUUGAGGGAGAUCUUGACAUUCCAGGUGACACCGGUGAGGAUUGAUGAUACCAGUGUGAAGAAGCUGCGAGGGAAGGAAGUUUCAUUCGUUAAGGUUGCUUGGAAGAGAGCAGGAGUUGAAGAGCAUACUUGGGAAAUUGGGAUCCGAGAGGCGAAAGGAUUAUCCCGAGCUUUUCUCAGGUAA